ACUAGACUUGAACAAUGCUGUAAAUUACUACUGGACAGAUAGUAAAGUUGUUUUGGGUUAUAUAGCAAAUGAUUCUCGUCGUUUUCAUGUAUAUGUAGCUAAUCGUGUGCAGCAAAUCCAUAAUCACUCUGAUGUUUCUAAAUGGAACUAUGUGAAUACGAAAGAGAAUCCGGCAGACAUGGCAUCUCGAGGUGUUUCUGUAUCGUCCCUUGUAAACAGUGCUACUUGGUUCUCUGGUCCUGAAUUUCUUUGGCAGUCAGAAAUACUGCCAUCUAGUGAGAACAUACCUAAGCUUUCAGAUGACGAUUGCGAAUUGCGGAAAGUUCAGGUCUUUAACACAAGUUCUGACGUGGUUAGUUGUUAUCAGAUAUGUGAGAACAUGCAAUAUUUUUCUGAUUGGGUUCGUUUAAAAAGGGCCAUAGCACUUUGCAUCAAGUAUAUCAAAAUUCUAAGACAGCUUGUGAACAAAAACAGUGAGCUCAUGAACAAUAAUUGUAAUGAGGGUAUCUCAAACCAACAUGACAAAACUAUUCAUACAGUAAGUCAGCUUGUUGAAGCAGAACAUUUGAUUAUUAAGUCUGUUCAAGCAAAAGCCUUCACUGAAGAGCUAAAUUUGCUGAAGGGUAGAAGCAGUGCACAUAUUGUUGAUAGACAAGCUGUUAAAGGUCAAAAACUAUUUCUUAAGAGUAAUUCGAGUCUUUAUCGCUUGGAUCCCUUUAUUGACACUGAUGGUAUUCUUCGUGUAGGUGGUAGACUAAAAAAUGCAGAAAUGGUUACUGGAUUGAAACAUCCAAUAAUAUUACCAAAAGCAAGUCAUGUUACAGAAUUAGUUAUAAGACACUGUCAUUUACGUGUUAAUCAUCAAGGGCGUGGAAUGACAAGUAAUGAGAUUAGGUCUAAUGGCUUUUGGAUUGUUGGACUUAGUUCAGCUGUUUAUAGUUUCAUCAGUCGUUGUGUAACUUGUCGUAGGUUACGAGGUGGUAAUCAAGUGCAAAAGAUGGCAGAUUUGCCUGAGGAUAGGUUAGAACCUUCACCUCCCUUUACGUACAGUGGAGUUGACUAUUUGGGCCGUGGUUAAUAAAAGAGGAUCGAAAAGAAUUAAAACGUUAUGGUGUGGUUUUUACUUGCUUGUGUUGUCGUGCUGUUCAUUUAGAAACAGCUAACUCUUUAACAACCGACUCAUUUAUUAAUGCUUUGCGCAGAUUUUUAGCUGUACGUGGUCCAUUUAGAGUGUUAAGGUCAGAUAAGGGAACAAAUUUUGUAGGUGCUGAACGUGAAUUAGCUAAUGCUUUGUCUGAAAUGGAUAUUUCACAAGUUCAUAGGUUUUUGCAAAAGGAAGGUUGUGAUUUUAUAGAGUUUAAAAUGAAUGUUCCAAAUGCUAGUAACAUGGGUGGUGUUUGGGAACGUCAGAUACGUUCUGUUAGAAGUAUACUGUCAUCAUUAUUGUAUCAUCACGGCGCUCAGCUUGAUGAUGAAAGUCUGCGUACAUUCAUGUGUGAGACGGCGGCGAUUAAUAACAGCCGCCCACUUUCACCUCAAAAUUUGAAUGAUCCUUGAUCUUCAGAACCUCUUAAACCAAAUCAUUUACUUACCAUGAAAUCAAAAAUACUGUUGCCACCUCCUGGUAAAUUUUUGAAGACUGACUUGUAUUCAAGAAAGCGAUGGAGACGUAUUCAGUAUUUAGCUAACGAAGUUUGGUGCAGAUGGCGCAAGGAAUAUCUGCAAACCCUUCAAAUUCGUAAUAAGUGGGUUGUUCCAAAGCGCAAUUGUUGUGUAGGUGAUGUCGUACUUAUUAUAGAUGACAAUUAACCAAGAUGUCAGUGGCGUAUGGACAGAAUUAUUGAAUUGUGCCCUGAAUCAGAUGGUCUAGUUCGUAAGGUUGGACUGUAUGUUGGUACUUCAGAAUUAAAUAGUGAAGGGAAACGUGAGACACUGUCAUAUUUGGAUAGGCCAGUAAACAAGUUAAUUGUACUUUGUGAAAAUAUGUGAUUCUCCGUCGAGGAGCCGUUUACUUUGUAGCUAAAAUAAAAGGGGGGGGGGAGUGAUUUCAGUUUGUUUGCUACUCUGUAUGUAUUUUAUUUUUUGCGAUACUUUACGAUAAUUUUUGCAGAUUAAAUUUUUGCAAUUUUGCUGAUACAAUAAGCAAUUUUUGUGAGUUUGAUUUUCAUAUAUUUUCUGAUGCUGUAAACUAAGCAAUUUUUGCGGCUUUAAUUUUUGAGAAUUGGCCAAAACCGUAAAGUAAUUUUGCGAGCUUGGUUUUUGCGUAUUUGUAUUGACUUGUUAUAUAAAAUAAUCUGCGUCAGCUUAGAGUUCUAUGUCUAUUUAGGAUUAAUUUAGACUAUUUUGCGAAAGCUGUUUUUUAGUAUUUUGCGUAAUCCUUUUUUAAAAAUAAGAUUUCUUAUUUUUAGGGAGCCAUGUUACGGUAUCUGUACGGCAUCUGUUCGAAUUAUAUACUUGUUUAAGUAUUUGCAGAGUUACUUCCCCUUUACUGUUUCCGCCAUGAUUAGAUAUUUUCUUGGGCGAAUUUGUCGUAAUUUUUAAUUUUAAAUAAAUUACUGCGAUCGACAAAUAUUGGGAAAUGGAGAGGCAAGGAGUUUUCACGGAGACUGUUGGACACAAUUAAAUAUUAUUCAAUCAACAAGUCUUUUGUUUGUUGCCCUUGCAAUUCUCCACCACCACCAAUUUCUGCGAAAACUACAACACAGUUGUUGUAAUAA